UGUUUGGGGAAGAGUUUCACGGAGAUUGGGAAGAACCGCGAAGAGGCAAAAUGUCGGAAAGGAAAGUGUUAAACAAAUACUACCCGCCAGAUUUCGAUCCAUCCAAGAUCCCUAAGCUUAAACUUCCAAAGGACAGGCAAUAUGUGGUCCGGCUGAUGGCUCCCUUUAACAUGCGAUGCAAAACGUGCGGCGAAUACAUUUACAAGGGCAAAAAAUUUAACGCCCGGAAAGAGACGGUCCAGAAUGAAUGUUAUUUGGGACUUCCCAUCUUCCGGUUUUACAUCAAAUGCACCCGCUGCCUGGCAGAAAUCACGUUCAAGGACUCCGAGCCGCAAGCUAAAAAGCUAAAGCUGGAAAGCUGGGAAAGGAGCGUGGGAAAACUCUCGGUGAAGACACAACUCUCGGGCUUGGUGACCGCCAAGAAGAAGCCCCUUUCCGGGGUGGCCAAUGGAUCGGGAAGCCAAGAGGCAGCCUCAGAAGCAG